AUGAAAAAGGUCGCUGCUGUGGCCGCACUGGGCAUGAGCCCGAGCGGUGUGACGGCGAGGAAGUUUUGGACGUCCAAGCCGGCUGAUCCGGGGAACGUUCUGAUGACGGCAUACACCAUUGGUAACGGGAGACAAGGAGGCUUGCCACUGGGCAUUCCCGGCAAUGACUUGCUUUGCCUCAACGACGACAGCCUCUGGCGCGGAGGUCCGUUUGCAAACUCGAGUUACACGGGAGGGAACCCCUCGUCAUCGCUGGCGCACUUCUUACCCGGCAUCCAAGAGGCCAUUUUCCAGAACGGAACAGGAGAUGAAUCUGCUCUGUACGGCGGUACGGCAGACUACGGCUCCUAUGAAGCCCUCGCAAACCUCACCGUCUCCGUUGCAGGGGUGACCCAUUACUCCCAGUACAAGAGAACGCUGGACUUGGAAACGGCAUUACACAGCGCUGAAUUUGCUGCCAAUGGAGCUUCUUUUUCUACUGUCCAGUUCUGCUCCUUUCCAGACCAAGUCUGCGUCUACCACGUCUCCUCCAACAAGCCCCUUCCCGACAUCACAGUCGGCCUCGUCGACAACUACCGCACCAACCCCCCUUCCACCGUCAAAUGCUCCUCCGACGGCAUUCAUCUCAGCGGACGAACCGUGGCCGACGAGGGCGAGGGUCUCAUCGGCAUGAAGUUUGAUGCCCAGGCCCGCGUUCUGUCGUCCAGCGGAGUCAAGACCUCGUGCAAUAGCCGUGGGCAGACGGUUGUUCAUGCGAACAGGGCGAAAUCGGUUACUAUCGCUGUGGCUUCGGGAACAGAAUACGAUGCGAAAAGGGGCAAUGCUGCGCACAACUACUCCUUCAGGGGGGCCGACCCGUAUCCUGGUGUCUUGAAGACGAUCAAGGCAGUGUCCAAGAAGAGUUAUAGCGCCGUCCUGCAGAGCCACGUCAAAGACCACGGCGAGUGGUUCAACAAGUUCACUCUGGAUCUGCCUGAUCCCCAUCACUCGGCCAACGUCGACACGACUGACCUGCUCACCGACUACACCACUGAAAGGGGGGAUCCGUUUGUUGAGAACUUGCUGAUUGACUAUGGAAAGUACAUGUUCAUCGCUUCGUCGCGACCGGGUUCGCUGCCCCCGAAUUUGCAGGGCUCGUGGGCUCCGGAUGGGAAUCCGGCGUGGAGUUCGGACUAUCACAUUGACGUGAAUGUGCAGAUGAACCACUGGCACGUUGAAAAGAUGGGCUUGGGCGGCUUGACUGAUCCUCUGUGGGACUUUAUGACCUAUACGUGGGUUCCUCGCGGGACCGAGUCUGCACGGCUGUGGUACAAUGUCAGCGGAUGGGUGGCUUUUACGAAUCUCAACACCUUUGGCCAUACGGGACAGAUGAACGAUGCGACCUGGUCGAAUGUUGCUCAUGAUAUUGCCUGGAUGAUGGCACACGUCUGGGAUCGCUACGACUAUGGCCGCGACGAGAAGUGGUACGCCUCUGUCGGAUAUCCCAUGAUGAAGGGCGUGGCCAGCUUCUGGGUGGACAUGCUGGUGCAGGACAGAUACUUCAACGACGGCACACUGGUUGCGAACCCUUGCAACUCUCCUGAGCAAGGCCCGACGACUUUUGGCUGUUCUCAGUUCCAGCAAGUCAUCUGGGAGUUGUUUGACCACGUCAUCAAGGACUGGGACGCAUCAGGCGACAAGGACGAAGCAUUCUUGAAGCGAGUCAAGGCGUCGUACAGCAAACUGGACCCGGGGGUUCGCGUCGGAAGCUGGGGCCAGAUCCAAGAAUGGAAGCUGGACCUCGACGUCAAGAACAACACGCACCGCCAUCUCUCUCACCUGUACGGCUUCUAUCCCGGCUACGUCAUCUCCAGCGUCCACGCAGACAACAAGACCGUCAUGGACGCCGUCGCCACGAGCCUCUACUCCCGCGGCAACGGCACCGAGGACUCCAACACGGGCUGGGAGAAGGUUUGGCGCGGAGCCUGCUGGGGCCAGCUGGGCGUCACCGAAGAGGCCUACAAGGAGCUCAAGUACGCCAUCGACAUGAACUUUGCGGCCAACGGACUGUCCGUGUACACGACGGGCAGCUGGCCGUACGAGGUGACGCUGCCGUUCCAGAUCGACGCCAACUUUGGGCUGUCGGCGAAUGCGCUGGCGAUGCUGUACACCGACCUGCCGAGGAAAUGGGGAGACGACAGCGUCCAGAAGGUGAUUCUCGGGCCGGCGAUUCCCAGGGAGUGGGCGGGCGGGAGCGUCAAGGGAGGGAGUCUGAGAGGAGGCGGGACGGUGGACUUUAGCUGGGACGACGAGGGAGUCGUGACGCGGGCGGUGCUGCGCGGGAGGAGGCUGCCGAUUGUGGUGGUGAAUAAGCAGGGCAAGGUGCUGGCGAGAGUCUGA